UGAACUUCUUGUGCCUUUGGAUCAUAUACUACUGAUUUAGAGAAAGUGGGGAUGAGAAGUCACUCAUGUUGCGAUAAGCAAAAGGUGAGGAGGGGGCUAUGGUCUCCAGAAGAGGAUGAGAAACUCAUGAACUAUAUUUCAACCCAUGGCCAUAGUAAUUGGACCUUAGUUCCAAAACAUGCUGGCCUACAAAGAUGUGGAAAGAGCUGCAGACUAAGAUGGAUAAAUUAUCUGAGACCUGGCUUAAAACGAGGGAGUUUCUCUUUCCAAGAAGCAGCUAUCAUCAAGGAACUCCAUAGCAUUCUUGGAAACAAGUGGUCUCAGAUAGCCAAGCACCUACCUGGAAGAACAGAUAAUGAGAUUAAGAAUUUUUGGCAUUCACACAUAAAGAAGAAGCUCAUGUUCCAUGCAGUUAAGAUUCCUGGGGCUUUAGCAAACUGUCCUGAAAUUGACCAUCCUAUUAGUUCAGAGAAAGGUUUCUCCCCUCUGAAUGCAAACCCUAAUUUGAUCCUACACUCUCAACAAGAUCAGCUACACCAUCCAGCUCCAAUCACAAUACUAGAAGGUUUAGUUCUUGGUGAUCUUGAAUUACAACAUACCAACUGUUGUCCCACUUUGGUUAAUUUCCCACCUCUAAUCCCACCAGUACUAUCAGAUUCAUCUUCUUAUGCCACUUGGUCAUCACUGGGCUAUGACCAACCCCAUCAACUUGCUCCCAAUCAACAUGAUCAAAAUUUCAGCAAGGGAGUCACUCCACAUGAUACAAGUGGCCCUAUGAUCAAUCCAAGUAUCAAAGAAAUACCUUAUGAUAAUCCAGAAUUUGCACCUCCUUUACCACAAUUACUACACCCACCUGCUAGACUCUCAUUUUCUCCAUUUGGGUCUUUUUCGUUUGAUCAUUCACAAGUUCAAUCCAUCCAAAUGGAGUACACUGAUGCCAUCAUAUCACCAUUGCCAUCAUCAUGUUUAUUACCAUCGCCAUCAUCAUUGACAGCAUCAUUGUUGCCACCACUACAAAGGUGCCAAUUUCUAUCAACACCUAAUCUUUCUUUAAUCUGGGAGCCCUAGACAUGGGACUACAUGCAGUAGAAUAAGGUGUUGUGUACAAAGGGUUUCUUCAAAUAUGCAUAAGAACUAAGUGGA